AUUGGGUUUCAUUUUAUCGCCAAAAAUGGAUUAUCGCAUCUCUUAAUAACUGUGUAUCGCAAAUUGACGGCAAUAUUUGGAAAUCAUCACCUAAUAAUACGAACGUUGUUGAAGCCGCUCAUGCUUUAAGGCGCAAAUUAAAUAAAGAAAAAUUUACAGCAAUUCGGAUUCAUCAACAAUAUAAUGUACCCAAUCAUGGACGAGACAAAAGCUUAAUUGGUCGCAAUGUUUUAUCGAAUAAGUGUAAAGUAAUUAUUAUUAAUUCUGAGGAUUCAAACGAAAGCGAUCAGAAAGAAAGCCUAACUAUUAAUAAACUUGAAUAUCAAAAACGACUUUUAGCAUUAAAAGAACGUGAGCUAGCUUUAAGAGAACGUGAAGCAAAGGUUCAUUCAGUUGAAUUAGCUAACCUUGAGAAAAUUAAAGUCG